AUGUUGCUGACUCCACCACAGCACUUUGGGACUGUUGAGAAAGGAGUAUACCGAUCGGAUAUGCUUCGUCCGUCUCAUUUUACCUUUACAAAGUCUCUCCGUCUCAAGACUGUUCUUGUAUUAUCACCUGAAGUAACCACACGAGCUGUUACCAAUUUUCUGGAAGAAAAUAACAUCCGACUGGUACAUUUAGGCCUGAAGGUCUGGAAGCCCAAUAUAGGUUGGCGACCGGUGAGCGAGGAGCUGAUUAAAGAUGGAUUAGAGUUAGUCUUGGAUGUUGCAAAUCAUCCUAUUCUCGUUAUGUGCACGUCGGGCAUCCAUGAAACGGGAAUAUUUGUUGGCUGUCUACGCAAAUUACAGGAUUGGAACUUUUGUUCGAUUGUAGUCGAGUAUCGUAGUUAUGCUGGCAACAAAGCGAGAUACGUCAACGAGCAGUUUAUAGAGCUCUUUGAUAUGGAUCUGAUUACGUUUCCUAAGAACUUGCCUUAUUGGUUUAUUGAACAACGGAGGUUAUUGGAGGAGGAACAAGAGGAAGAAUUAACGCGGCCGUAG